GCUUUGUCUGCUCUUCUCCUCUCCUCUCCGUAUACAAACGAUUUCAAUUUUAGACUUUUUGUUCCUUAUGGCCCCAUCACUUCACCCUCGUCGGAAAGAUUUCUUGCUCAAUCACCAUCUCCUCCUGAUUCUGAUCAUUUGCGUUUUGCUUUGUUGCGAGCGUGCUAUUGGAAGCAGACACGCACGUUUAUUAGCCCCGGCCAAAGCUCCCUCCGAUGAAAUCUUGGAAUGGCCAACGAAGGAUAACCGCAGGUUCUUACGUGCUGUGUAUCGUGUUGGCGACCUUGAUCGCACCAUCAAGUUCUACACAGAAGGUUUUGGAAUGAAACUUUUGAGGAAGGGAGACUUUCCAGAAAAGAAAUAUUCAAAUGCCUUCCUCGGGUUUGGGCAGGAAGAAACUACUUUUGUAGUUGAACUAAUAUACAACUAUGGAGUGGACAACUAUGACAUAGGAACAGGAUUUGGCCAUCUGGGUAUUUCAACUACGGAUGUUUACGAAAUGGUCGAAAACGUAAGGGCCCAAGGUGGGAUUAUCACACGGGAGCCUGGUCCAGCUGAAGGUGGUGCAAUGGCCAUCGUUGCUUUUGUGAAAGAGCCAAAUGGCUACGAAUUCGAAUUACUCCAGAGACAACCCACUCCUCAACCACUUUCCCAAGUAAUGCUUCGCGUCGGUGAUCUCGAUCGUUCCAUCAACUUCUACGAAAAGGCCUUGGGGAUGAAGCUGCUACUCAAGUUUGACAGGCCUGAACUGAACUACACCAUAGGCAUGGUGGGGUACGGUGACGAUCAGUACGAGACGACUGUUUUGGAGUUGAUUUACACCUACGGCGUUACUCGAUAUACCAAAGGAAACGCUUAUGAACAGGUUGUCAUUAGUACGGAUGAUGUGUACAAGAGUGCCUUGGUUGUUAACCUAGUAUCCCAAGAGCUUGGAGGAAAGAUAACUCGACGACCAGGACCGAUUUCUCCUAGAAUCAACACCAAGAUCACCUCCUUUCUGGAUCCGGAUGGUUGGAAGAUUGUUCUGGUGGACAAUAAAGAUUUUCUGAAGGAACUGAAGGAGGAGGAGUGAAUUAAUUGCAAUGGGAGCAAUUAAUAUUUGACGCGUUUAUUUCUUCUUUGGAAUUUGUAUAGCAUGUAAAAAGCUUCAGGCUAUGAUCUCCUUGAACAGGAAUUAAACUAGCAAUACCUGUAAUAUCAAUAAGUUAAUUAGUUCGACCAAUUGUUACGGAAAGUUAAGAAUUUUUAUUUUUUAUUUUUUUGAUUUCAGGUUGUAUCUAGUGUUUUUUGUUUUUGUAAUUUCAGGUCGUAUCUUGGGAAAGAA